UCGUUUGUGCCACGUAAUUGAAAACAGAUUACAAAGAAAACAAGUUUUUUGAACAUCUGUCAUUGAUGACUGAAUAAUCGAGUGUAUCCGCCUUGAAAAUAAUUUAUUUUUCGGUGAAUAAACGUAAAAGGGUCCACCAUGGCCCAAGUGCAAGCAUUGUAUGACUUCACGGGGGAGCCUGGCACCACGGAGAUGUCCAUCACGUCCGGGGAGAUCUUGACGCUGAUCAACACUGAAAUUGGAGAGGGUUGGUGGGAAGGCAGGAAUGCUAAAGGACAGACCGGUUUGUUCCCAGCAGCAUAUGUGAGGAAAUUGGAACCAGGAGAAACACAUCAAGGUGCCUCUGCACCACCCAGGUAUGACCAGGCAGCUGAUGAGUGGGGUGACCAGCAGUACAGUGCUGGAGACAGCAACUACCAGCGUACAGCAUCAAAUGAUGAUGGCUGGGAUGAUGAUUGGGAUGAUGACACAUACUCAGAAAUAGGUCCGGGACCCCCAACGCAUAAAAGCCAGCCGGCUCCAUUGGCUCCCCUUCCUGGCAUGCCUAUUAGCGAAUACAAUCAUCAACAUAUUGAUGAUUCAACAUCAAUUGCCUCCUCAAUGGGAACAGUCAGAAAAAAUAAGUUUGCUCCCUCAUCUAAAGUCAGUGGAGAGAGUUACCUACUGGCAACAUUAAAUGUUGAAGUGCCAGAUUCUGAAAAAGUUUACAUAGUCCAAGAUGAGGAGGGAUAUGUGUGGUCACCUAUAACACAACCCUUCCAUGUCACGGUAGCUUCUCCAAAAAAGGAGUCCAAGUUCAAAGGAAUCAAGAGCUUUAUAGCCUAUCAGUUAACACCAUCAUUUAAUAAUAUACAAGUGUCUAGAAGAUACAAACAUUUUGACUGGCUUCAUGAGAGAUUGCAGGAAAAGUUUUCACUGAUUCCAAUCCCCCCUUUGCCUGACAAACAGAUCUCAGGCCGGUUCGAUGACCAGGUCAUAGAGCGCAGGAGAGUGCAGCUACAAGAGUUUGUGGACUGGAUGUGCAAGCACCCAGUGUUGUCCAAAUGUGAAGUAUGGCAGCAUUUCCUCACAUGCACAGAUGAAAAAAGGUGGAAAGCAGGCAAGAGACAAGCGGAGAAAGACAACUUGCUAGGCUUAAAUUACUGUGUAUCUUUAGUUGUACCUGAAAAAGCUUUACUACAGUCUCAAGUUGACACCAUUACUGAACAAACACAUACAUUCAUAAUGAGUAUGGACACGUCUGUAAAGGCUGUGUCCAACAUGUGCCUAGCACAGACUAAAAAAUUCCAAGGACCUUACAAAGCUGAUUGCCAGAAGAUAGGUGAAGCAUUUUACCACUUGGGCAACUCACUGAGUUUUGAUGAAGGUGGGAUUGUAUCAAGGUCUAAGCUGACUUCUGCCAUCAAAAUGACUGGCGGUGCUUACAUAGAAAUUGGCAGAAUGUAUGAAGAACAACCGAAAUAUGACUUUGAACCCCUAGGGGACAAGUUCCAUUUGUACAAGGGCAUAGUUGGUGGUUUCCCGGAAUGUCUGGCUAAUCAUAAAAGUGCAGUGCAGAAGAAGCGCGAAUGUGAGAGGUUAACAGCCGAACAUAAGAUGGAAGUGGCACAAUUGAAUGAGGUUCUGAGGAGGACCGACGUAAUAUCAUAUGCUUUGCUUGCUGAGAUCAACCACUUCAAAGUGGAGAGGACGUCGGACCUGAAAGCGACUAUGCAGAAAUUCCUUAAACAGCAAAUUACGUUCUACAAAAAAAUUGUUGAUAAGUUGGAAAACACGUUGCGACACUAUGACGAGUAACUUGUAAUGUUGACUAAAACAGGAAUUGAUCGUGCUAGUUAACAUGUGUAACGUGAUGUUACAGAAACAUUCAAACUAAAUGGACCAUUUCUUGCUUAUAUGUCUAAUCUACGAUAAAAUAAAUUCAAAUAUUAAUAUUUUGUGUUUAUAUAUAGGUAUGUGUAUAAUCCAAAGGAUUAGUAAUUGAUAGAGUGUAAUAAUACUGAAUGAAUUUACAUUGUGAUGAAUAUAAGGACUGAGUGUAUGAUAUCUACUUGAUGUAACACAGCCAGUUACUCUGUAAUGAACUGAGACAUUCUGUAAAUAUUUUAUGCAUACUUGCAACUAUGAAAUAAUAUUUUUUAUCACUUUAUACACUUUAUUUUAUUUUAUCUACUAACUAUGGGUCAAUUAUUUUCCGACAUUCUGUUGUCUAAUUUAGAUUAAGUGUUGUAUUAUAUUCCAUUUUUAUAAGAUUAUUCAGGCCCUGCUAAUUGAAUAAAUGAUGUAAUUCGUUAUAAAGUA